GCAGGCCCCGGGCCCGGCCCGGCGGCGGCGGCGGCAGCUCCAGCUCCAGGCCUCGCGCGCCGCAGCCAUGGCCCUGGUGACCCUGCAGCGCUCGCCCACGCCCAGCGCCGCCUCCUCCUCGGCCAGCAACAGCGAGUUGGAGGCUGGCAGCGAUGAAGACCGAAAGUUAAACCUCAGUGUUCCCGCAGUCGUUCUCCCAUCAGAAGUAAUGACAGCAACAGUUGGUGGUGUCCUUCUCCAAGUGUUGGAGAUUGAACCCAGGGCCUCCUGCAUGCUAGGCAGGUGCCCUACCACUGAGCUGCAUCCCCAGCCCAGCUUGAGCGAGAGCUUUUUCAUGGUGAAGGGAGCAGCCCUCUUCUUACAACAAGGAAGCAGCCCUCACGGCCAGCGGAGUCUUCAGCAUCCUCACAAGCAUGCAGGUGACCUGCCCCAGCACCUGCAAGUCAUGAUCAACCUCCUGCGCUGUGAGGACAGGAUCAAGCUGGCCGUGCGCCUGGAGAGCGCCUGGACGGACCGUGUGCGCUACAUGGUGGUGGUGUACAGCAGCGGGCGCCAGGACACCGAGGAGAGUAUCUUGCUGGGAGUCGACUUUUCCAGUAAGGAAAGCAAAAGCUGCACCAUCGGGAUGGUCCUGCGGCUGUGGAGCGACACGAAGAUCCACCUGGAUGGAGACGGUGGGUUCAGCGUGAGCACGGCAGGGAGGAUGCACAUAUUCAAGCCCGUGUCUGUCCAGGCCAUGUGGUCUGCCCUGCAGGUGCUCCACAAGGCCUGCGAGGUGGCCCGAAGACACAACUACUUCCCAGGGGGUGUGGCGCUCAUCUGGGCCACCUACUACGAGAGCUGCAUCAGCUCUGAGCAGAGCUGCAUCAACGAGUGGAAUGCCAUGCAGGACCUGGAGUCCACGCGGCCUGACUCCCCAGCCCUGUUUGUGGACAAGCCAACUGAAGGGGAGAGGACCGAGCGCCUCAUCAAAGCCAAGCUGCGGAGCAUCAUGAUGAGCCAGGAUCUCGAAAACGUCACCUCCAAGGAAAUCCGUAAUGAGUUGGAGAAACAGAUGAACUGCAACCUGAAAGAGUUCAAGGAGUUCAUAGACAACGAGAUGCUGCUCAUCCUGGGGCAGAUGGACAAGCCCUCCCUCAUCUUCGACCACCUUUAUCUCGGCUCUGAAUGGAAUGCGUCCAACCUGGAGGAGCUGCAGGGCUCAGGGGUUGACUACAUUUUAAAUGUCACUCGAGAAAUAGACAAUUUUUUCCCUGGCUUGUUUGCAUAUCAUAACAUCCGAGUGUACGACGAGGAGACCACGGACCUCCUUGCCCACUGGAACGAAGCAUAUCACUUUAUAAACAAAGCCAAGCGGAACCACUCCAAGUGCCUGGUCCAUUGCAAAAUGGGGGUCAGCCGCUCGGCGUCCACCGUCAUCGCCUAUGCCAUGAAGGAGUUCGGCUGGCCCCUGGAGAAAGCCUACAACUACGUGAAGCAAAAGCGAAGCGUCACACGACCCAAUGCAGGCUUCAUGAGGCAGCUGUCUGAGUAUGAAGGCAUCCUGGACGCAAGCAAACAGCGGCACAACAAGCUGUGGGGCCAGCAGGCAGACAGCAGCCUCCAGCCGCCUUCCGAAGACCCUCCAGAGCCCAGCGACUUCCUGACGGAGACCCUGGAUGGCACUCCUGAUGUCCCGCUGCCCUGCUUGGACAAUGCUGCCCAGCUCGGGCUCCAAGGAAGCCGGGCCCCAGGAGGGCCCGCUCUCCCCUGCUGUUUCCGGAGGCUCUCAGACCCCCUCCUGCCUCCCCCUCCUGAGGACGGCGGCAGCGUGGUGCACCUGGAGGAUCUCGAGAGGGACGCUCUGUUGGAGGAAGAGGCCUCGCCCGCCGAGGCCCACAAGCCCGCCAGGCACCCCCAGGAUGGCGCUGGACUCUGCGAGAAGGAUGUGAAGAAGAAACUAGAGUUUGGGAGCCCCAAAGCCCGGAGUGGCCCCUUGCCCCAGGUGGAGGAGAUGGAGAGGGAAGAGGGCCCGGGCGCAGGGAGGUGGGGGCGGCCCUCGGUCCAGCCUGAGCGGGGCCUCCUGGAGCGCGGCAACCUCAACAACAACAACAGCAAGAGGAGCUGCCCCCAGGACUUGGAGCACGAUGCUAUGUUUGGGAUCCUGAACAAAGUGAAGCCAUCCUAUAAAUCCUGUGCCGAUUGCAUGUACCCUGCAGCCAGUGGACCUCCCGAGGCCUUCAGGGAGUGGUGUGAGGACCCAGGUGCUCCCGCCAUCUGCACCCAGCCGGCCUUCCUGCCCCACCUCACAUCCUCGCCUGCUGCCCACAUGUCCAGCAGGUCCCGAGGUCUGGAGAAGCCGGCCUCUGGCGUGGCUGACGUGUCCUCCUUCCUACCACCAGCAGGUUCCAGAAGACCUGAUGCCAGCAGCUCUGGAGCCGCAGCUGCUCCGGAGCUAACAGGUAGCAUUUCAGAACCUUCUAGAGAGACCCCCAGAGUCCUGCCAAAGUCCCUCCUGUUGAAGAAUUCUCACUGUGAUAAGAACCCUCCCAACAUGGAAGUGGUGAAGGAAGAACUGUCACCCAAGAAAGAUCUCAAGCCUGCGAAGGACCUGAGGCUUCUGUUCAGUAGCGAAUCCGAGAAGCCCACGACCAACAGCUACUUGAUGCAGCACCAGGAAUCCAUCAUCCAGCUGCAGAAGGCCGGCCUGGUCCGCAAGCACACCAAGGAGCUGGAGAGGCUGAAGAGUCUGCCCGCAGAUAGCGCCCCCGGCCGGCUGGAGGCCAGCAUACCCGAGGAGAGCCAGGAGCCCGCCGCCCCGCAGGACCCUGGGCCCCCAGCUCUGCCUGGCCACGCGGGGGGUGAUGAGAAGCCAGAAGCCGCCCCCCAAUCCGUGGAAGGAGCCUCGCUGAAGAGCCCCCCGCCCCUCCCCUGCCGCCUGGACCAUUCCAGCACCUUCUCCAGAGACUUCCUGAGGACCAUCUGCCACACCCCCACCUCCUCGUCCCUCAGCUCCAACAUGACCCGCAGCUCCAGCAGUGACAGCAUCCACAGUGUCCGCGGGAAGCCAGGGCUGGUGAAGCAGCGGACGCAGGAGAUCGAGACGCGGCUGCGGCUGGCCGGCCUCACCGUGUCGUCCCCCCUCAAGCGCUCCCACUCUCUUGCCAAGCUCGGGAGCCUCGACUUCUCCACAGAGGACCUGUCCAGCGAGGCGGACGCCUCCACCCUCGCCGACCCCCAGGCCGUCCCCAGGAACCCGGCCUCCAAGCCAUCAGGGAAAUGCGCCCCAGGAAACUUGAACAGCCCCUCCUGGGUGAGCAGAAGCUGACCCACAGCAGACUCGUCAUGCGAUCCCUCCCUUGUCCCCCGUGGGUUUUGACCCGCCUCUUACAUCUUGACUUGUCGUAAAGAACCCAAGUCACCUGAGCCUCCCGCUCUUGCCAUGGAGAGGAGGAGACACGGCAGCACAGGAAGGAAGGGGAGGUGCCGGGUACGGGGAUUUGUCAGAAACGCAGGACUCUGUCCCCAAGUCCCGGCUCUGAGAAGAGUACCGAAUCAAGAAGAGCACGUUCAGAUAUGCACACAUCCAAAAUGUUUUAUGGCAACAUGCAAAAGAGGAGUCAUGGUGACGCCACCGUCCCUGUGGCCCACGUUCCCAGCUCAUCCCACCCUCAAAGACACUUGCGAUGGCAGCCUAGUCCUACCUCUGUUCUCGCUGUGCUUUUUGUUUUUUAAAUACUAUGAUUCCCAGGGCUCGUCCCAGGGAAUGCUGCUGUCAGAAAGGGGUUUCCAGGGAGAUUGGCUUCCUUUGGUGGGGACCCCAAGAGCGCCACCCGCCCUGGCUCUGGUGCGGCUGACAGGCAUUGGGUCGGCACUGGGGUCAGUUGGGGGAAACGUGUGCAAUACCCUCAGCGCCCCUGUUUCAGGGACGAGGACCCCAGACCGCUGCUUCUCUGUUCCUGCUGCUGAACUGGGCGUGGUCGGGUUGGGGAAGUGCUGGGGCUGCGGUUCUAGGAGGUGGAUCCUCCCAGGAGCCCACCCUUCAGGGUUGUUGGGUCCCAUUUUCCAAUGUUUGGAAAGGGAAGGGAUUUCGGGGGCAGAGACCUCUCCUGGGUCCUGCUCCAGGAGCUACUCGCUGCAGCUUCUCUGAGAGGAAUGCGACUGGGGAAGGACAGGGAACAGCGUCCUCGGUGUCUCCAGUCGCCACUUCCUGUGGGGAGAACUGCUUCCUGUCUUUCCAGUUCUCCGGCGGCUUGGCAGAGGCAGUGACAGCCCAGGUCUCCUUGGGCUCCGCUCUGGGCAGCACCUCGAGGAAUCAGGUGAGCUCAACAGGGCGUGUGACCCGGUCUGGGUUGGGUCCCCGAUCAAGGAAGAUGCGGGGACAUCCUGAAGAGAGAGAAGCAGCUUGGGAGCGAGGCAGGGGCUGGUGUGCAGCCCCCCUCAGCUGAGAAGGGCUUUUACAUUCUCUAGGGGUUGUGAGACAAUAAACUAAUGGUAGCAGGGACCUGUGGCCCCCGAAGCCCUGGGUGGGUACUGCCAGACCCUUCGUAGAAGUCGCCCACCCUGGUUUUAUAUGAUGACACCAGGCAGCCCAUGACCCUGUAGGAAAAAGUAAGACAAAUUGGAAGUCCUCCUCUGGCUCUUGGACACCUCAAGCCAAACCCUCCCCCGUCUGUACCCAGGCCUCACAGCCCACCCCCACCAGGGUCUCCCGUGGAGGAUGGAGGAGUGUGUGGUGGAGGGAUCACGGAAGCUUCCCGCAGUUCCAUCUUGCCCUCGGCAGGAUCAUCUGGAUUAGCUCAGUGAGACCCAAAGCCUUCAGGGACAGGCAGCCCCAAAAGCAGAUGCGUGAGUCGCCAUCUCCUGUUGGUGGGAACUGGGCCCCACAGCGGCUGUGCUGGAGGAGACCUGGUGGGUUCAGGGUCCAGGCGGGUCUUACUCCACCUGGGGCGCAGGUUUCUGCAGACACCCUCUCCAGGGACUCUCUUCCCACUGAAUGAUUUUUUUUGCAGUCUGUUGUUUUACUUUGUAGGGUUCCCCCCACCCCCGCCCGGCCCACUACUGUCAGUUAAAGUCACUUAAAAAGGUGAUUAUCCACUUACAUUUGAAACCGUGUGGGGUUUCCCCUCAUCCUCAGCCAACAAAAGCAUAAAAAAAAAAAUACCAAGUUCAAUGUUUUGCCACAUCCAAUUUCACGCAGUAGAUCAAGUUUUGUGUCAACAUAAUUCUUUAGAUUUGGUGAUGAUAGGCUUUUGUUGGUUUUUUUAUCACCUCCGUAGAGGAUAGUGAUAUGUUUUUGAAAACUUAAAUUUUGAAAGCCAUAAUUUUUCUUUUGACCAGCUAAAGAGUGGGGGGUGGGGAAGAUUACAGAUACAAGGGGGUCUUUGGCUUCUGGCAAACUUGCCCAUUUGUUGUGGAACCACAGCCAGCAUAUUAGGUCAUCAGGGCAAUGGGGGGAAGCAUUCUUGAUUUCUUGGUUUACAUCCAUCCUGGAGAGAAGGAGGAAAAGUUUUCUUAGAGGCCAAGACCACUGUUUUUGUUUUUGUUUUUUUUUAAUUGUCGUCCUAGUUGGUUUGUUUUGUGGUGCUGGGGAUUGAACCCACAGCCUUGUGCAUGUGAGGCAAGAAUUCUACCAACUGAGCUACACCCCCGUGUCACAUUAACAAGACAAAAGCAUUCUGCCAGAUCAGAGGCACCUUGACAAUGACAUUUACACUGUCUCAGCAAAGAAAGUGUGCUCCUGCUCCGUGAGCUUGGCCAGAGCUUGGCCAUAGUCUUUGGGAGAUUCCCCGCAUAAGGGACAGGAGAGGAGCAGAGAGGGACGCAGAGAUUGGCGCUAGGCAAGUGAUUUUGGUGAUGGUCAUUUUCCUUGAAUGCCUGUGUGAACUAAGGGAAAAGGGAAAUAUCCCCAUGGGGCCCCAUCCCCCGCCACAUGGCCUUCAUGCGCACGGUGCCACAGUUGGGGUGUGCUUCAGCCCGUCCUGCGCUGGUGCAGGUUUGCCUGGAUUAUCAGGUUUCACGAGGCACAGAGGUGGUGCUGGUCGAGAAGAAGCUCCAGUUCUUCCCUCCUCUGACUGGGAUCUGGCCCGGCCCAGGUCCAUUUCUGUCUCUUCCAGCCACUGCAGGGUCUUCUACAACAAGCCCUGGCUGCUUGAACUUCCCAUGAGAAAGGUUUCACUCUCUGCCUUCCUUGCCUCCUUGUUCUCAGCUGGGGACCUGCCAACCUCUGGACUGUGGACAGCUCACUGCUGCUGGCAGGCCCUUUCCCCUGCCCCCACCUUGCCCCUUCAUGCAGGUGACACUCCCCAGAAGCACACAGGAGGCUGCCCUGUGCAAGCCCCUCCCCCCAUACCUGCUUUCUCCAGCUCAAGAACAUUCCAGUGAGUUCUGAAGUCCUCCCCCACCCUGCAAGCCCAGAGGAUGCCUCCGGAGAGAGCUGAGGUUGGACAGACCUGCAGAGCAACCCUGCCCUGCACUGUGUCCCCAGGCCCAUCCUGGAAGGAAACUACCUCGUCAGCCUUUGCCAAGACAGUCUGAUUCUUCAUCUUCAUCAUCAUCCUCAUCAUGGACAGUCUUUACUGAGCACCUACUGUGUACUAUGCUCUAUGCCCAAAACCCUGGACAAGUUAGACCAGGGAGAACCAAAGAGAGAAGUGUCAGGUCUUUCCAGGACGCGUCCCGUUCCCUGAUUCUGUCAGGAAGGAACAGGCCCUCUGCCGGGUGGCCAUUUGUACACCAGAAAAAAUGCUCCUCACCAGGAUGGGACUUGGAUUUGGGGUGGUCUCUCCAUUAUAGUAGAAAUCAGAGAGCCAGAGGUGCGCCCCAGAGGAUCACCAGGUGGGAGUGGUCCCCCCACAUGGCAGGGACCAGAGGCUGGUGGGGCCGGUGCCUGCUCACUGCCAUGGCAGGAGAUGGUCACUGCGCCCGGCAGAGGCUCCUCGUGCUCACGUCACACCAGGCAGUUUUGGUGGCGCUCUCUCUCUCCCUGGGUGUGCCACCUUUCUGUCACUGUGACAGAGUACCCGAGAUAAACAGAAGGAGGGGAAGGUCGGUUGUCCCCUCACCACCCCGUCCACGCUGCUGAAGAUGGAGCCCAGGGCUUGGGGCGUCCUGGGCCAGCGCCCUGCCACCAAGCUGGGUCUCCAUCCCCAGCAGGUCGUGUUUUGGCUCAGGGCCUCGGAGGCUUCAGUCCUGGUCCAUCCAUCUGUUUGCUCAGCCCAAAACGUGGAGGAGAAAGCUGCUCCCCCCGGGGUGACAGGGAGACAGAAGGUUCAGGAAGGGCCCCUGGACCCCCAGGAGGGCAGGCGUCCAGCGGCCUGACUUCCUCCUGCCAGGCCCUAGCUCCUGAAGGCUCCAUCAGCUGGGGACUAAGCCCUCAAGGCAUGGCCUUCGGGGAACCUUUAAAAUCCAAACUGUUGCUAAAGCUGCACAAACAAGCAAAUAAACCCCCCCAGAGAGUA